UUUCACUACUAUAGCAGUUGUAUUUUGUGUUUUGCAGCAGGAGUGAGCCUUUUGUAGCAUUUCCCCUUUUUUAUAUAAAGGGCGCAUUUCUAACAGAAAUUAUCAGUGGGGUCGUUUUGAGGACAAAUACCCCUUUUAAUGUUAAUAUCUAUAAAUGACACAUCUCUGUAAAAUGAAUUAACCUCCAAAUACUACUGCUUCUUGUUAUACUGUGACUUAACACUUUCAUCAUCUGGCACUGUUACAUAGGUAACAGUUUUAUUGUUAGCUGAAAUUGUCUUCAUCACUUGGCACUUGUUUGACAAAUUGCGGCUCGAAUCCAGACGCUGUCUCGUGGCUAGCUUCCAGUCUUCAGUCUUGCAAUGGCAUGUAUGCAGUGCCUGGGCUGCCUGGCAGGCAUCCUGGGCUGGAUCGGGCUUCUUAUCGCAACUUGCACCAAUGACUGGGUUGUCACUUGUGACAUAAUGAGCAGCAACACAGCAACCUGUGCCAAACUGGAGGAACUGGGCUCCAAAGGGCUUUGGGCUGACUGCGUGAACAAGCCUGGGAUCUACCAUUGCAGGGUGCUCACUGAUAUCCUCAACUUGCCCGUUCAUAUCCAGGCUUGCCGUGCAUUAAUGAUCUUUGCCUCAGUUAUGGGGCUGCCUGCCGUUCUAGUGGUCCUGACCACAUUACCAUGUAUAAAACUGGGAAGUGAUAUGGACUCUACAAAGCAUGCAAGGAACAUUGCAGGAGGAGUCCUUGUUCUACUGAUGGCUGUUUGUGCCUUGAUUGCAACCGUAUGGUUUCCCGUUUCUUCAUAUCAUCAGAUGACGAUUGUGAGCUUUGGAUAUUCAUUGUAUUUAGGUUGGAUUGGUGCUCUGCUUUGUCUGUUUGGUGGAUUUGUGAUUAUUUGUUGCUCAGGAAGUUCUGAUGAGCAAACAGAAAAUAGUUUUUACUAUUCAUCUCAAGGAGCUGCUGCCUCUCCAACUCAUGCAAAGAGUGCACAUGUAUGAGGACAAACUUAACUAUAUAUAUAUAUAUAUAUAUAUAUAUAUAUAUAUAUAUAUAUAUAUGUGUGUGUGUGUACCAUCAACUCCCUUUCCAUGUCUUAAAAAGAAUUCUGCACUGCAUAAGACACCAACAAUAUUCAUUCCAUUUUCCACCAUCUAGUGGGUUUCAGCUGAAAUAUAGUAAAUAUUGUAAGCAAAAGUAAUAUAUUUUGAAUCUGUUUUUUAUUUUCAGGCUUUUUAUAUUGCGGACAUAACUAAUGAAUUUAUUGUGUAAUCAAUUUUCACAUUUGAUUUUAUCUGACAUCAUGCAGUAGCUUACAACAUGCAGUGAAUUGGAUUAAUUUGUAUCUUAUUUCUGAUUCUUUGUAUAUUGUUUUUAAUUUACUGGAAACAUGCUUUUUGUUGAAUAUGUAACAGGGCCUACUUUCUUUUGUUUCAUGUAGUCAUAUAUAGAUACAUAGGACAAUGGCAGUGUAAAAAGAUGUUUGGUUGGCCAGAAAUGCUGUAAGAUGAAGUGCCUCAGAGUAUUAAAACUGUAUUUCCUAAA